UAUCACCCGGACAUUACCUUAUGUCAAUCAGCCUCGGACUUGUCGCUGGUCGAUCUUGUAUCGACAACUUCCAUUGAGGCAAACGCUUCAACAAAGCGGGCAUUUCAGCAAAUAGCGAUUUGCUGUCUUGUGCGCUUGCAACAGUUGUCUUGUGGGCCGGAUAUCCUAGAGAUCCAAACCAUCAAGCUCAACUACCCCCGCAUUUGGUUGUGCUGGAGUCGUGUCGCACUGGAGUAGAGGCGUCGAAAACUCCCGAGACCGCUUCUUAAUUUCGUCUCUCUUGACGAAGUUCCACUAGCAAGUUGAUUCUCAAAAGCUAUAACGUCUUCCCGUCAUGGACACUCUGUUGACCGCCGAGUCGGCGGUCCAUUCACCGCGAUAUCGACGUAAGUCGAGUACGUUCGUCGACGCUAUCCAUGAUCUCCCGGAGAGAGGUGAAAUGGCGCCGGCACAGCUUUACAGCACCGAAUCUGGUCGCUUGUUUCAUGCCGGUCGCAUCGCUAUAGCCACUGUGGGCUUGCCAGCUCGCGGCAAGACUCACAUUUCCGUUGCACUGGCUCGAUAUCUGCGAUGGCUUGGGGUGAAGACGCGGAUAUUUCACCUAGGUGAUUAUCGAAGGACCAUCAUCGGCCAUGGAAAAGACGUCCCGGACGAUUAUUUCUUUGUCAAUGCCUCGGCAUCUUCGGUCCUCCUUCGCCAAAAGAUUUUGAAGAAAUGUAGAGAAGACAUCUAUCACUUUUUGAACCACGAAAACGGUCAGAUCGCCAUCUACGAUGCAGUUAACCCCUUGUCGGCCGGACGCAAAUCUCUGGCGAAAGAAUUUGCCAAACACGACAUCAAGUGUCUGUUUAUCGAAUCGAGUUGCGACGACCAAAGAAUCAUCGAAGAAAACGUUCGGAGCGUCAAGAUUUCAUCGCCCGACUAUAUUGGCUGGUCAGAAGCUGAUGCAGUUAAGCACUACCUCAGCCGGAUGUCAGCCAAGAUUCCUCACUUUGAAACAAUGGAAGAGCCGGAACUUGAUUGGAUCAAGAUGAUUAAUGCAGGAGAUAGGAUCGUGGUCAACAAUACAAGUUUCGGCUAUCUCUCUCAUCGAAUUGUCUUCUAUCUAAUGAAUCUACACAUCAAGGCUAGACACACCUACUUUGCUCGCGCAGGUACCACCCUGGAGGAGGAAUCCUUCAAGGCUGACGCCGGGCUCUCGCCACAAGGGAAAGAUUACGCCAAAAAGAUGAUGGAGACUCUUCUCAAACAUCGAGAAGAAGAAAGAAAAGCAAUUGAGUUGAAAGGCGGUCGGGAGACCCCGUUGAAACCACUCAUUGUGUGGACUUCGACUAGAAGGAGAACCGUCGAAACCUCUGCCUUUUUCGCGGCCAAGAAUUUCAAAGUCCGACAACGAUCUCAAAUGAGUCAGCUGAACCCGGGGGUCUGCGAGAAGAAGUCUGAGCGUAGAAUUCGUCGUGAUUACCCGGACGAGGUUCUCAAGCAUGACCUCGACCCGUAUCAUCACAGGUUUCCCAGGGCCGAGUCUUAUCAUGAUGUCGCCGUUCGACUAGAACCCAUCAUUCUGGAACUGGAGAGAGAGCAGAAUGAUUUGCUCAUCAUUGCACAUGAGAGUGUCCUUCGUGUCUUGUACGGCUACCUGAUGGCCUGCAACGCAGCUGAUAUUCCAUUCCUCUCAUUUCCUCGAAAUGAGAUCAUUGAGAUCAUCCCGGCAAGCUACAACAAUGAAGCUAAGCGGAUCCCGAUCCCAGAUCUUCCUCCAGAGAUCGUUCCCGCUUCGCCAGAAGGCAUCAAGGCACCUGCUCCGCCUAGCGGAUUUGUAACACCGGUCCCAGGGUUAGGGAGUGGUCUUGCCAGUCCUCGCAGUGGCCGGGCGACACCUCGCAGUGAUCCUGGUACGCCGGAUCCGCGAUCUUCAGGGUACAAGACACCUGAAGAUUCCGAGGACUUGACCUUGAGAAUGCACGACGUCGUAUGAACAGCCAUGCAAUCUUGUGACCAAUUUAUCAAUCGCGGUCCCGGCCUCAACAAACAUUUAAGCAAUCCACAUUGAAAACCACCAUAUCAGAUGCCGAUGGUCGAUCCUGCACCGGAAAGGAUCGUAGGGUCUUCAGCCUCCAUGCAGUGUAGAAACGAACAGGACGUUGUCGUUGUCGGUCAACUCAUAUUUGUCUUCACCUUCGAGUUCCCAGUCGGAGUCAUUGAUCAACACUAGGAUCCCAGGCCGACUGCGGGUUUGAUGAAUGUGGUUAGCUUUGGAGCGAUGACUGGCAUGAUCAAAUGACGUACACUGCGCCAUCCAAGAUGAAGAGCUCUUUUCUUGGGUCUUUGAUUAGAUUGUCACAGAUGUAGUUGACCAGAUAGCCGACUGUAGGCGACUUGCCGUUGUCCGCAUCAGCAGAUAAAGUGAU